UCUUUUCUCUUCAUCGUUACUUCAAUUCAAGUUUUUCUUUUUUUAUUUAUUGUUGUUUUUUUCUCUCUCUUUUCUUAAUUGUGUUUAUUUAAUUUAAAUUGUCUUUCAAUGUCUUUAAUUGUGGGUGAAAAUGUUACAAUUUAAGAUAAUUAAUCAACUUUACUUUCUUUUAAUUGUGUUAACUUAUACUUCAAAUUAUGUCUAUGGUAGGAGACGUUUGAAAGACAUUUUCAUAAGUGUUAAAACAACCCAAUCAAAUCAUCGGACUCGAUUGAAAAUUAUUUUAGAUACUUGGUUUAAACAAUCAGCCGGUGUAACUUAUUUUUUCACUGAUUCCCCAUCAGAUGAACAAUAUUCUAAAUUAAUUGGUGAUGCUGGUGGACAUUUAAUCAGGACCAAUUGUUCAAUUUCUCACCAUAGGACUGCUUUAUGUUGUAAAAUGUCCGCUGAAUUGGAAACUUUUCUUACAACCAAUAAAAAAUGGUUCUGUCAUUUUGAUGAUGAUAAUUAUGUUCAUGUGCCUAGUCUAGUUAAACAUUUAUCUAAAUAUUCACCAAAUAAGCCUUGGUAUCUUGGUAAACCCUCGAUACCCUCACCAUUGGUUAUAGUUGAUCCAGAAAAUCAGAGAGAAAAUAUUUCUUUCUGGUUUGCCACCGGAGGAGCUGGAUUUUGUUUAAGUCGUACUUUAGCCAAUAAGAUGAUACCCUAUGCAAGUAAUGGUUCCUUCAUGGAAGUGGGUGAAAAAAUUCGUUUACCUGAUGAUGUUACCAUUGGCUAUAUAAUUGAACAUUUACUUGGAAUUAAUUUAACUGUUGUUGAACAAUUUCAUUCUCAUCUGGAGCCAAUGAAAUUCAUUAGGAAGGAAAUUUUAAAAGAUCAGAUUACCUUUAGUUACUACGAGAUGAACGUUGUUGAUGUAAAUAGUGUUAAUGAUACGAUAGAUAAUUUAGAAGAUCCAACAAGAUUUAAAGCUUUAUACUGCCAUCUUAAUGGAUGCUGAUAAUUGAAUUUAUGGCCAAUUUGCCCUACGGUUACUUCGUUUUUAUUUUUCCUUCUUCUAAUGUUUCUAAUUGUUACCACAAGAUGGAGCCCCUACUACGACUUUCGAUCCACGUGUUUUUCAUGUUUGAUCGAUUAUUUUAACCUAUCGAUCUUAUAAUUUUUUCUCCAUCAUUCAUUUAACUAACAUCGAGCUUAUGAUUGAAAUCGAUCUGAAUACAAUCGUUUCAAUCUUUUAAAAUAAUCGAUUUUGAGGCAAUUUUUUACUGGAAAAAAUCGAUUUCAAAUCUAUGGGAAUACAUCGAUUGUGAGCAAUCGACUGUGAUUAAUCUGUCUUUGUUCUCCUCCCAACUCAGCUAUUUGCGCCUCAUGAUAAAUGUUAACAGUUUUUUUUUGUUUUCAAUAGGUUUGAAUUAUUUUUUUUAUAAAUUUGUUUCUUUUCUCUCUACUCUACAUCUUUUGUACUUCCUGUUGCUGAUUUUGUGAUACCUUGUUAAGUUUCAUUACAUUUGUACAUGUUAAGCCCCUUCACAUUCCCUUCUUUCUCUUAGUGAAAUAGUAGAGAAAAAAAACAAGAAAAAG